AAGACAAAAGAAAAAAAAAAAUGGUCGUCGUCUCCGAAUUCGCCACUUCUUCUCUACACAGAACAAAGUAAUCACAAAAACACAUAAAACAAUCGCUAGAAUCUACGACUGCGAAGAACAACAAUUCCUUGUUUAUCUAUGGCGAAUUCCGGCGCUGAGAAGUUGAAGCUUUACUCUUACUGGAGAAGCUCGUGUGCUCAUCGUGUCCGUAUCGCCCUCGCUUUAAAAGGGCUUGAGUAUGAGUAUAUACCAGUGAAUUUGAUCAAGGGUGAUCAAUUCGAUCCAGUUUAUCGUUUUGAUCUUCAAGAUUUCAAGAAGAUCAAUCCAAUGGGUACUGUACCAGCGCUUGUUGAUGGCGAUGUCGUGAUUAAUGAUUCUUUUGCCAUCAUAAUGUAUCUGGAUGAGAAGUAUCCUGAGCCACCUCUGUUACCCCGUGACAUCCAUAAACGGGCUGUGAAUUACCAGGCGAUGAGUAUUGUCCUGUCUGGCAUACAACCUCAUCAAAAUCUGGCUGUUAUUAGGUAUAUUGAGGAAAAGAUAAAUGCGGAGGAGAAGACUGCUUGGGUUAAUAAUGCUAUCACAAAAGGAUUUACAGCUCUCGAGAAACUGUUGGUGAAUUGCGCUGGGAAACAUGCGACUGGUGAUGAAAUUUACCUGGCUGAUCUCUUUCUAGCACCACAGAUCCACGGAGCAAUCAACAGAUUCCAGAUUAACAUGGAACCGUACCCAACUCUUGCAAAAUGCUAUGAAUCAUACAACGAACUGCCUGUGUUUCAAAAUGCACUCCCGGAAAAGCAGCCAGAUGCUCCUUCCACCAUCUGAUUCUGUGAACCCGUAAGCUACUCUCAGCUUAAUUAAACCUCAGACAACAACAACAAUAAUAAUACCUUGUACUCAUACAUGUAUCAUAUAAUAAACCAGUUUACUUCUUAGUUCUUCUACUUGUAUCAUACAAUAAAGGUCACAGAGUUUGAAAUUUGCAAAGAUAUCUUAUACAUU